GCAACCGGUAACAGUGUGAUAUAACACAUCCAAUACACCGCUACAAUCAAAUUCCAAACGUCAUUUGACGUCCUGUGAGCGCUGAACGCGUCGCACCGCAGGUAUCACGUUUCAGAUGGAGACGGCGUUGCAACACUGACCGGCCGAGGCUCUCCUCACUCCAGGCAGCAGAUAGGACACCGGCACCACGCACAGACAAUCAUGGCAGUGAAUGUCCCUGGACUCGUGGCCCUGAUGGUUUUUUAUAUUGUCAUCCUGGGAAUUGGGAUCUGGGCAUCUCGGAAAUCCAAGAAAGUGGAGAAGACAUGUGCUGGCGCUAAGAGCGAAGUGGCCAUUGUUGGUGGCCGCAACAUCAAUGUCCUGGUCGGGGUUUUCACCAUGACAGCAACAUGGGUUGGAGGAGGUUACAUUAUGGGAACUGCUGAGGCUGUUUAUUCUCCUUCUCGAGGUCUCAUCUGGGCUUUCGGGCCUCCUGCAUAUUUUAUCAAUUUUGUUUUGGGAGGAUUGUUUUUUGCAAAACCUAUGAGGUCAAAGCGCUACGUGACCAUGUUGGAUCCCUUUCAGCAUCGCUAUGGCAACAUGUUUACUGUAACACUACUGAUUCCUGCUUUGAUCAGUGAUAUUUUGUGGGUUGCCUGCAUCCUUGCUGCUCUGGGCGGAACGAUGAGCAUAAUUCUUGGGCUGUCGUCUGCCAUCUCCAUUGUUAUCUCGGCAGCUGUCUCCAUCAUCUACACAUUAUUAGGUGGUCUCUACUCUGUGGCAUAUACAGAUAUCAUCCAGCUUUCCUUCCUCUUUGUCAGCCUGUGGCUCUGUAUCCCUUUUUUGAUACUCAGUCCUGCAGUUACUGACAUCUCCCAUACAAUCCACCUCAACCAAACAAUUGGAAACUCGUGGCUCGGCGAGUUGAAGCUGGAAGAUGCAGGAAAAUGGGCGGAUGAGAUGCUGUUAUUGGCUUUAGGGGGACUGGCCUAUCAAGCUCUGUACCAGAGGAUCCUCUCUGCUGCCUCCUCUGCUCAGGCUCAGGUCACCUGCUUUGCUGCUGCUGGGACAGUUUUUAUUAUGGGAAUCCCCUCAGUUGUCAUUGGAGCAGUGGCUGCCUCUGCAGACUGGAACCAGACAGCGUAUGGUCUACCCCCUCCUUUUGAACGAGGGGAGGCAGGGAAGAUCCUGCCGCUGGCCCUGCACUACCUCACACCCACCUGGUUGUCAGUGUUAGGCAUUGGUGCUGUGGCGGCAGCAGUUAUGUCCUCCAUGGACUCUGUGCUGCUGUCCUCAGCAUCCAUGUUUACACAAAACAUAUACAAGACGACUUUGAGGAAGCAGGCCUCGGAGCUGGAGCUGCAGCGGGUGAUCCGUGUUAGCGUGCUGCUGGUGGGCCUGGCUGGAUCAGGCCUGGCCUUUGGUGGUGACAGCGUGUUCGCUCUCUGGCUGGUAAGCGGGGACCUCCUCUACUGCGUGGUCCUCCCGCAGCUCGUAUGCGUACUGCACUUACGCUGUGCUAAUAUCUACGGUGCAAUCAGCGGCUACGUAGUAGGACUGCUGCUGCGUGGGCUGAGCGGGGAGCAGCUGCUCGGGAUCCCUCCUCUCCUCCUGUACCCCGGCUGGAGGGUGGAGGACGGAGUUAUCGUACAGUACUUCCCCUUCAGGACCCUCGCCAUGCUCUCCUGUGUGAUAUGUAUUAUUUCAGUGUCCUGGCUGGUGGAUCGAGGCUUCUGUCACAAACUAAUUCCUCAGUCCUGGGAUUUACUUGGGGUGUUUGAAGAGAAAAAAGAGGCAGAGAGGGAGCAAGUACCUGAUCCCCGUGCAGAAAAGAACUGUAUCCUUAAUACAAAACUCUAGGCUUAACUUAAGUACAACCACAGCCAAAGUAUACUCAAACCUCUUUUUAUGCAAAUCCCUACCAACCUUCUUCUCUGCACACUUCUUACAUGUACUGUAUCUUACACGUGUUUAAUACUGAAUCAUGUGCUUUAUAUGCACCAAACCGACCAGCAGUAUGUGGAGCGUGAUUCAGGGGGGCAUUGAUGCGUGCUGGAUGUCUCUUUUUUAAAAGAAGAGGAUUAAGGCCACAUGUGAAGACCUCAAGAUUCUGAUCUUAAUGUCAGAAGUCAUUUAUUUCCACAUCGUCCUAAUCCUCUUCAAAUGAAACUCUCUCCUUAAUUGUUUAUCAAUGGUGACGCAACCAUUUUUGUAGUUUCGUAAUCAAGCUUCGUCCACUCAAACCGUUUCUGUAAAUUAAGCUCAACCCAGGUGGUGUUAUUUAAUUUUGUAAUCAUUGUCCUACUUUCUAAGGACUUUUGUCUCUUUGCAUUUAUCGAGCACUGAGGGGAAAAGGCAAUCCCAUCUGGGAAGCAACACUUGAGAGCCUUAGGUAUUCCUUAAGUAUUCCUCACAAAUAAAAAAGUUUGUGUGCCUGCUUGUUGAAGUAUUUACCAUUAUGUUAUGUUUUAAAGGGAUUAUUAUUG